UCGGCGUUUCCCAAAAGGAGGGGUGGGCGGGGCUCUUCCAGUUUAAGGGGAGAGAAAGGGCCUCAGCAGACACAGUGAAGGGCGGUGGAGAGGACCGCGCCGUCCUGCUGUCACCGAGAGCUGAAGACGCCAUCUCCCACCGAGAGUCAUGGCCCCGUUGGCCCUGCGCCUCCUCGUCCUCGUCCCCAUCCUCCUCAGCCUGGCGGCCUCCCGGGACUGGAAGGCUGAACGCAGCCAGGACCCCUUCGAGAAAUGCAUGCAGGAUCCUGACUAUGAGCAGCUGCUCGAGGUGGUGACCUGGGGGCUCAAUCGGACCCUGAAGCCCCAGAGGGUGAUUGUGGUCGGCGCUGGUGUGGCGGGGCUGGUGGCUGCCAAGAUGCUCAGUGAUGCCGGACAUAAGGUCACCAUCCUGGAGGCAGAUAACAGGAUCGGGGGCCGCAUCUUCACCUACCGGGACCAGAACACGGGCUGGAUUGGGGAGCUGGGAGCCAUGCGCAUGCCCAGCUCUCACAGGAUCCUCCAUAAGCUCUGCCAGGGCCUGGGGCUCAACCUGACCAAGUUCACCCAGUAUGACAAGAACACAUGGACGGAGGUGCACGAAGUGAAGCUGCGCAACUACGUGGUGGAGAAGGUACCCGAGAAGCUGGGCUACGCCCUACGCCCCCAGGAAAAGGGCCAGUCGCCUGAAGACAUCUACCAGAUGGCUCUCAACCAGGCUCUCAAAGACCUCAAGGCACUGGGCUGCAGAAAGGCGAUGAAAAAAUUUGAAAGGCACACACUCUUGGAAUACCUCCUCGGGGAAGGGAACCUGAGCCGGCCGGCCGUGCAGCUUCUGGGAGACGUGAUGUCCGAGGAUGGCUUCUUCUAUCUCAGCUUCGCCGAGGCCCUCAGGGCCCACAGCUGUCUCAGCGACAGACUCCAGUACAGCCGCAUCGUGGGUGGCUGGGACCUGCUGCCGCGCGCACUGCUGAGCUCGCUGUCCGGGCUCGUGCUGUUGAACGCGCCCGUCGUGGCGAUGACCCAGGGGCCGCACGAUGUGCACGUGCAGAUCGAUACCUCACCCCCGGCGCGGAAUCUGAAGGUGCUGAAGGCCGACGUGGUGCUGCUGACGGCGAGCGGACCGGCGGUGAAGCGCAUCACCUUCUCGCCGCCGCUGCCCCGCCACAUGCAGGAGGCGCUGCGGAGGCUGCACUACGUGCCGGCCACCAAAGUGUUUCUAAGCUUCCGCAGGCCCUUCUGGCGCGAGGAGCACAUUGAAGGCGGUCACUCGAACACCGACCGCCCGUCGCGCAUGAUUUUCUACCCGCCGCCGCGCGAGGGCGCGCUGCUGCUGGCUUCGUACACGUGGUCGGACGCGGCGGCCGCGUUCGCCGGCUUGAGCCGGGAAGAAGCGCUGCGCUUGGCGCUCGACGACGUGGCGGCAUUGCACGGGCCUCUCGUGCGCCAGCUCUGGGACGGCACCGGCGUCGUCAAGCGUUGGGCGGAGGACCCGCACAGCCAGGGUGGCUUCGUGGUACAGCCGCCGACGCUCUGGCAAACCGAAAAGGAUUACUGGAGGGUCCCUUAUGGCCGCAUCUACUUUGCCGGCGAGCACACCGCCUACCCGCACGGCUGGGUGGAGACGGCGGUAAAGUCGGCGCUGCGCGCCGCCAUCAAGAUCAACAGCCGGAAGGGGCCUGCAUCCGACACGGCCAGCCCCACGGGGCACGCGUCCGACACGGAGGGGCAGGGGCAUGUGCAUGGGGUGGCUGGCAGCCCCUCGCAUGACCUGGCAAAGGAAGAGGGCAGCCACCCUGCAGCCCAAGGCCAGUUCUCUCUCCAGCACAUGACCCACACGAGGACCUUGUAUUAAAGUAUUUUCGGAAAAA